CCCUUGUCCAUCAUUGCUGCAUCGAGUCGCCCAUCGUGAUGCCCUUCUUCCCCCCUGCACUCAAACAUGCGACCUGCCGGCGGCGAUUGGAGUUUACCUUGUGUUCCCCUGGAUUAUUUGUGCACCGACCGCUGCUUGCUGGAGCAAGCCUGUCUGUUCGAGAGCAAUGGGCUGAUCAUGCUCACGUUUCCGAAGAUGGGAAGGAUCACACCUCGGCAUCCUUCGUUGCUAGCGAGGCAGGCGCCAUGCUGAAUGUGAAUGUCAAUGUGUGAAAUCGACGGUUUGCUGCUGGCCUCUGACUCUGAUGCCUUUCCUGCACAGUCACGGGUUGCUUGUCUUUUCUUUGUCUCCCUGAGAAAAGCCGGUCUGAUCAGACACAGACCUGACCUCACACCAUCUCUAAUUCCACGUCCCGUUGAAGCAAUACUUGACUGUUGACCCUCGUCCAUUCGCUGACUUUCGUGCUCCCUUGAGCAGUUGACCGCCUUCAGCUCCCCAUGAACCUACCUUUCUCUACAGAUCACUCCUCAUUAUGGCAUCGUCCUUCUUAGGUCGACUCUUUGGCCAGGUUUCUUUCUACUCGUUCGGCUUUUUCAAUUGGUGCCUGUUCCUGGGCCUGUUUGUGAAAAAUGGAACAUUCUUCAGGAAGGAUACCGAGCAAGAUAAGUUGCAGUUUGCAAUUGAAAGAGAUCGCUUUUGGAACCUGACCAAAUCACCUUUCCCCGGCUUCAAGCACUUCUUCUACACCCUCCGCAACGGCCUCAGACUGCACUAUAUCAGCAACCGGGACGGAGCUUCGCAGGGCAACUUGGUCAUAUUCUUUCAUGGGUUUCCCGACAGUUCGAUGAUGUGGAGACAUCUCAUGCAAGAGCCGGCCAUGCCAAUCCACGAUGCUACCCUGGUCUGCGUCGAUUUACCUGGAUACGGUGGAAGUGACAGUUUCAAGAAGUACGAUACGGAAGUGCUCGAGGCCCUCACGGAAUUUGUUGUGGCAAUGAGGGACAGGUACAUCCCGGCGGAAGAUUCAGACGAGACGAGCACAUUCAUCGUGGGCCAUGACUGGGGGUGUGUUUUGGGCUUUCGUCUGGCUGCAGAGGCUGCAAGCCUUGCAGAUCGCUUCAUUCUGACCAACGCACCGCACGUCGAACUCGCCUUUGCCAAUAAGAACCGUAUUCUGAACUCAGCCUCGAAAAUCUUCAAACAGUUCAAGCAGUCUCCGAAACAAAAUUUUGGGUGUUUGUCGAAAGCCCUGAAGACGUUGAAGCCUUUGAUGGUGCAAACGUUGUUGAUGGGGUACAUUUUUGCAUUCCAUUUGCCAUCCAUCUUCGUCAGAUACCUGGGCGUUGCCGGGAACUACUCUUUCAUACGAGGGGCAAAUUGGUCAUCGUACGCAAAAGGCUCAAAGGAAUAUCGUGCUCAAGAAUGUAUGGCCUCUUCUUUCGGCCCUGGGCCAGAGGAGUGCAAUACAUCCAUUCCGGCCGUCAACAACCUGCCCAACACCACCAACGGAGAGGCUCAAGCAGACAGUUACGGCCCCAGCGUACUGCAACGGGCACAAUCUCCUCAAGAGGCUUUCUGGAAUAUGACCGGCUAUUAUCGCGAUGGAGUAGGCUGGCGUCCGUGGACCAAGUCGCUUGAGGCUAUAACGGACCUCUACGCUCUGGAGACCUCGGCAUCGGAAUCCAGUUCUCCUGGCAGACGUCGGUCUUCGGUGUCGCAAUCUCUGUUUGUUGAUCAAUACAAGGGGAGCCUCAAAGCACCUACGUACAUUCUCUGGGGAGAGAAAGAUCAGGCUUGUUCCAAACCAAUCUGUUUGGAUGGAAUUGGAGACUACUUGGGCAGAGACAGUGAAGUGACAAUCCUUCCGCGAAGCGGUCACUGGACUCCUGUUCAGAAAGAAGCGCGGCCGGCACUUGCUACCGUGAUUGGGUUAUUUGCUGGAGCAGGCGCGAGACCUGUGGCGAAAAUGACAACCGAGGUACAGAAAGUGUACGAAGGGGCUGUUUUGAUGGUGAAGAAAUGAAGCGCAAUUCCGAUGAGUUGAUGAUACUAUGUACUCCUGUACUCAAAUCCGGGAUCGGGAAGGGGUUAGUUCUGUAUGAUACUGGUCAUCAGCGGCGUGUCCAUCCAUUGCUGACUAUUCCAGCCGAGAGAGCUCGUAGGCUAGAUGAAAUGAGAACUCUUGAACUCA